AUGACGGUGCCCAACCAAGAUUUCGUCCCUCCCUCGUUUGGAAUAGCUUUCACUAAGAAAGCACCUCUUAUAAAACAGGCCAAUGUGGCCGCGGAGGCGUCUCCGUCCACAAAAAUGGCGUCCCCAACACCGCCGCAGCCAGCACCGCAGGCCUACGCAUCGGCCCAAAUUGUGAGCCCCGAAGCCUCCUUUGUUGUUCCUCGCCACUGCGCAGAAGUUCUCUCCUCACCGGCACCUCAAAGAGCCCAGACGGUAAUGAAGCAGGCCCGACCAGGCAGCGUUUUCAUCCCCCGAAGGAGUCCCAUCGACAGCGCUCUUACAGAACCGUGCUCAACGAAGACCGGCAACGUCAUCGCUACAACUACGACGACUGCAUCUACAAUGAAGACUGGGUCAAGGACCACUGGUAGCCCACGGGUUCGGUUUGCGUCUCCCGCGGCUCAGACUGUGGAAAUUAGCCCCAUUCCUGUUGGGGUUCAACCGGUCUCGAAUCAGACGUCAUUUUUUCAGCCCACUUCUUCUGCCUCACAGAAUGGUUUUCCUCGUCAAGCCAGAUCGGCCACCCCUACAAGAAUCGUAACUGAUCCCCAACCCAUUCCGGCUGCUGCACCGGUACUUCAACAACCUCUAGCUUACUCAGCACCUUCCUUUCAACAAGUAACUCAACUACAGCAGACAAACCAACCAGCAUUCGCUGUUAUCGCGCAGGAUCCCUCGGCCCUUCAAGCACUACUUAGUGGUGAUUUGGGUGGUAGAACCUUCAUCAUACAGCCUUUGCAACAGUCCUACUUCCUGCCACAGUUCCAACCUGCUGCUGUUCCCUUUCCCCCGUUUGCUGUUUUGCAGACACCCCUACAACCACAGCUCUAUCCUCAACAGCCAGCGAAUACAAUGCCACAGCAAGAACGACCAGUCGCUGUUGUACAGCAGCCAGCUUCAGUCUUACUUCCAGCAGCACCGCCACAACAUCAACCACCACAACAACAGCAGCCACAAUCGCAGUUCUCUGCCUGGCAGGCUCCUAUGGUGGCAGUGCCUCAAAAUCCGGUUGAAACUGCUCCUACAAUAGCAACUGAAGAGCCUCCUCCUGGAGAAUCACCAGCAGCGACCAUUGCCAUGUCUAUCUCAGCAAUAACACCUAGAGAGCCCAAUUCUCAAUCAAUUUCCGAGCCUCUCACAGUCUCGACAGACAGUCGACUACUUCCACAAGCGGCACCCUGCCAACGAUCACCACCAAGGAGCGUUCAGUCGAUUUUUAAGCAGAGCAGUCCCCAACUCUAUCAAUCGCAUGAGGCGCACAAAAUCCCGUUGAGAGAGCCGCAGAAGCUGUCAACUCCGACGUUUCUUCAGCCAACUCAACAGCAACACCAGCAGCAGGUGCGUUUCACUUCAUCUAGAGAAACCACUCCCAAUCCGCCACAAAGCAACCCCCUAUGCGAAUACGUGGAGAGGCUUAAGCUGGCACCGUCGAAAGUCAACCGUCGAACACUGGCAAGUAAAACAAUGAAAUCAAAAAGUAUGCCAGAGAGUGAGAACCUUCGGAUCAUCUCCACGGCAGCGGGAGACAGUAGUGUAGUAUCGGUCAUCGAUCGAGCGAGACGGUGGCAACAGGAGCGACAGCUGGAGGAGAUGGGUAGGAGUAAGAGCGGUUUUGUCGACCAGGAUCUAAUUGCUUGCGGUGACGAGUUGGUACCUGUGGAGGAGCGUGUCCGGGCUUUCAAUACUGGUCAAGUGGUGGAGGAGAAUGAAGCCGCAAAAAAGAAAUUGAAUGACGAAUUUGAGGAGGAAAGAAAUCGAAGGAUUAGGGAACAGUCCUUUUCUGCUAAUGUGAAACCCAAAACACAGAUAAGGUUGAACAAUAAGCCCCCCAAUCAACGAACUAUCGUGGCUAGUCCGCUUUCUCCUCAAGUGCUUCAAGGUGAUCCGCUGACCAAGCUUUCAGUGAAGGAAAAAAGCAACCUCUUUUCACGACGAUCGGGUGUUGGAAGACCCGUCAAGUUAGAACGAGCAGCUAUGCAACGUCGCAAAACUCAACCCAUCACCCUUGAUGAUAUUGCUCGAGUGAACCAAUGCGUUCUGGAGGGCCGUGGUGCAAUUAUACCAGAGUCUCCAAUGGAAAGUUUCAAGGAGGAUGACCUGGAGAUUGGCUCCUGCCUUUCAAGUCCAGCGGCUAGUGUGAAUAGCGACUUUUCAGAAUUGGUCUACGCCCAGGCACCGUCGAAACCCCGUGGACCUGAUUGGUCAGGAGUUGGGACUAUCCGAAAAUUUUGGCCCCUGGUUGAAGCUGCUGCCUUAUUUUUCGGGCAAAGUAUUCUACUGAUGGAUCUAUGCGCAAGAGCGAAAGAGGAGGAAUGUCAUUCAGUGGCGGAGCGUUUGAAGGCAAUGGAGGCUGUAAAUAGGAAAGCAACCGAAGCAGAGGAAUUGACAUUCCUGCCCUCCAACCCCGCUGUUCGACGAAGGCUCAAAUAUCGACUUGCCGAUCAGACAUGGAGGCGCAGUCAGCAGCCCUGUCAUUCCACUCUCGAGGAUUUUGACUCAACGCCACAACUUGUCAAGUCCCUGUCCUGUGUGCACGUUGACAACACUGAAGAACAGGAGAGAAGUGAACAAAUGUCUAUUUCUCAAAGGAUCGCCAAAAUUCAGGAGAACAGUGAGCAAUGGAAGCGACGCGGCCGGCCUCGCUGUGAGAACGAAGCCACACCCCUGAAGAGCGUCAACCAGAUCCGCAACGACCUUGCCGUGAGCCAAGAGCAGUGGCGCAAACGUGUGGUCACUCAGGACAACGAUACGGGAAAGCGGACUCCCUAUGGUCCCCCAGGAACGGCGGAGAAAUUGCCCUCUAUCGAACCGGCACGGACGCCACAGAAACGUGUUAUGCGAAGAACUUUUGAAGUUGAGUCGAAGCUUUUCACACUUACCGGGCAACAAAAGGAAAAUGAGUCCGAAGUGAGUGUUAUUAAAAAGACUGUUCCAGUGGCGAAAAUGAACGAAGAGUUUGUUGACCAGUUCUUUGGACUCAAAAACGAGCAAGGUGUCAGUUCGGCGGUGUUACAGAAUCCCACCUCGUUAUCGAGCGUCCAGCUUCCUGAAACCACUCUUGGUUUGGUGCAAUUCAAGCGCUCGGCGGGGCCCUCCUCUCGUCCAUCAACGAAAUCGAGGAAUCCAGUGCGACGAAUUAACGAAACUCCCGGACUGAAGGACUCUUACGAGGAGGUUCAUGUUAAAGUACCUGGUGAGACUGACAGUGCCGCGUCGACCCGACAACAGGUUACGCCUUGUCAGCGAUUGGCUGGAGCUACCGGAGUCCUGGGGUUCUCCUCCCCUGCGACCAACCUACCAGACAUGAAUGCUCAUCUCAGCGAGUCUGUUCUGGCCGGUUUAGCCAGUGUGGAAAAUUUCUCCUCUACUAAGGAACGCCUUCGAGUUGUGGCGCAGGAGAAGCAGGCGCCUCUCGCCUCUUUUCAAAGAAGUCUCCUACCUCACAAAGAUGUGAUGCUGCUUUUGGUAAAAGGACGUCGGCAAGUGCAGACACGCCUUGUCGCCCCAGUGGCGGCAUCGCUCAAUUCUGGGGACUGUUUUCUUCUCCUACUCCCUGAAGUUAACUCCCUCUACCUCUGGACUGGACAGUACGCGAAUGUAAUUGAGACCAACAAAGCACGCGAUAUUGCUGCAUGGAUAAUCAAGACGCAUGAUCUUGGAUUCCCUUCGGGCGGUCGGGAACCGUUUCUCAUCCCCAUCGAUGAGGAAAAGGCAACUGGUGUUCCUAAGGGUCAACUUGAGACCUUCUAUGCCACGCUGGGUACUUCGGUAGAGCAAUUUAAGGCUCCUGCUGGUGGACCGCAGGAAGAGGAUCUGAUAUUUGAGGUCGUCGUGCAGCACGCAAAUCGAGUUUUUGAGGUAUAUGAAGAUCGCCUUGAACCUCUGCCGGAGGUUUGGGGAACGCCUCUUCGCCACUCUAUGCUCGUUUCCGCAAAAGCUUUUGUGUUUGACUUUGGCUCGGAGGUCUACCUGUGGACGGGCAAUCAAAUCUCCACGAAGAUACGAGCUGCAGGAAUUGAGUUGGUGCAACAACUCUACUCCGAACCAUAUGACUAUUCAAUGUGUAAUACGAGUCCUCUCAAUCCUCUAGAUGCCAUUGACUGUCCAAAGGCCGGAUCCAGCCGUCCAGACUGGACCUUGGUGGCAAAGGUGCCAGAACGAGGCGAGACUGUCCUUUUUAAGGAGAAGUUUCUUGAUUGGCCAGAGGGCUCACGUUUCGGUCAACUUGCCCGCCAGCACUCCGCAAAGAAUUCGUCGGGUAAAUGUCCACCCACCACCACCAUCGAUCUCGGGAGCCUCUCCGUAGAGGCGCUCUUCAGGGAGGCCUUCGAAGAGCCGCCACCGCAGGCGAAUCUGUUGAAUCUCGAGGGUCGAUUCGUGGGUCGAGGAUGUGGUGAAGGCGUGCGUCCCUUUGAUGGCAUCAUGCGACGCUUCUACGUGGAGACUGUCGGCCAGUUGCGAAUCUGGCGCAUCGCAGAAUAUGCAGCCAAACCAGUGCCUGUGACCAGUUAUGGCCAGUUCUGUCGGGACGAGACCUACGUCAUUCGGUGGCCCUUCCGUGUCUACAAUGAAAGCGCUGCAAGAGAGGGGGGAGAGAUCCUCGGCGAGAGGGGUUGCGAAGGUGAGGGCGAGGGAGCGGUGGUGGUGGAAAAGAAAGAGGAGCAGGUUGCUGCCUCUCAUUUGAAUUGCUGGUGGAAAUUUGACGAACAUACCUUUUUGUCUCAAGGUAGUCGUCAAGAGGCUUUGACAGGCAACAAUCGGAUUAACAAUGCCGUCAAUCAAAGGGCCUCAGGUGAUCAGUGCGCCUACUUCUUUUGGCACGGCUCUGCCAGCAAAAUUACACAGCAGGGCGCAGCGGCUCUCAUGACUAUCGAAAUGGACGAGGAACGGGGUCCGCAGGUACGUGUUGUUGAAGGCAAAGAACCUCCAGCUUUUUGUAGUCUCUUCAAUGGACGAAUGGGCAUCUACGAUGGCGAUUCACUUUUACAGAAACCACCGAUUCGGAUGUUUUUGAUUCGGGGGGAGCGCGGAGUCGAGGCCCACCUCUGGCAGGUUCCAGCCUCCCUUAACUCUCUCCGUGCACAGGGCGUCUUCCUCAUAGUCAGUAGCGGUAACAGCAGCGAAGAUGUUGAUUGUUGUUGGCUUUGGAUCGGUUCCACUGCUUCUCCAGUGAAUAUCACUGCAGCUCGCCAUCUGGUUGAGCAGUUUCAGAAGUGCUUACCACCAGAGCUCGGAGUGGAAGUGAUGACUGUGGAGGAGGUGAGUGAAGCCAACCCCGACUGCUCUCAAAUGCGGGACUGUUUGUGUGCUCUGAACGGCGGUACUCCCGUGCAUUCACCUCCGGCAACUAUACGACAUGGAGUGCAGCGUUUGGUGGUGUGGCAGUUAAUCUACACCCUGGGUCAGCAAUUAUCACCCUACCGACUUCCCUAUGUCCUUGAGCCGGACAUCACGACGGCGGCGGACUUUGGGAUUGAAGUGAGCACCUACGUGGAGUCCGAGUGUCUCUUCUCACCCCUUCUUCCCACCCCCACCUUUCCUACUCUCCUUGGCGAUCUUGAUGCCGCUGAACAGCCAGCUCUCUUCCUAGUGGUUCAGGGUAAGGAUAACGUCUACUUGUGGCACGGUUGGUGGCCCGAGAACUGUGGUGGAGUCGCAUUGUUGGACAAUUCUUCGCCGUCGUCCGCUCUGUCGUCACCCUCCUCCCUGUCAGCCGCUACCGCUGCUGCCACCACCACCAGCAGCGAGGCUGGUGUACGGAUGCACUUGGACGACGGCUCUGAUGCCUACCACCUCUCCCCAUCUUACGCAUCAUCUUCGAGACCCCUCAGUCUUCCACUUUGCGAUUCGGAUGUUCAUGACUGCUUUACUUCCCCUACUACCACUCCCUCUUCCACACCGUCGCCUCUCUCGUCGGUCUCCAGUCUCCUGCACCGAUUUGUCACCGCCAGACUGGCUGCUCUGAGAAGCGCGCAAGCCCUGGCUCAACGAAUUGGUCCUACGACACGCGCCGUGGCGGUGUACGCAGGAAUCGAGCCGGAUGAGUUUUUGCAUUUAUUCCCACCAUCUUCACGAACUACGGAGGCUGCAGCUUACCACCUCAGCAACGGCAAAUCUGCUGGGCAAGUAGACUACGUGGAGGAGCUUCUAAAUCGGCUGGAGAAUAUGAAAUUCAGUCUGAAGGAGUUGCAGCAAUGCCCACGACCACCGGACUUGGAUGUAACACGUUUGGAAAUUUAUCUAACCGACGAAGACUUUGAGAACGCCUUUCAUAUGUCUCGUGGUGCCUUUGCUGAGUUGCCGGAGUGGAAGAAACGAAAUUUGAAGAGAAGCAUUAACCUAUUCUGA